AUGGCCGAAAUCCCAACCUUCCAUAACUUGUCCCUCGAGAGGCACGGAAAUGUAUUCGUCCUAACCAUGCAGAAGGCGCCAGAGAACCGGUUGAACUCUCAGUACUGCCAGGAGAUGAUUCGGGCCUACCGAACGGUAGAGAAGAUCCUGGGUCCCGACUCAGAAGGCGCAGUAAUUACGCGAGGCAACGAUGCCAAAUUCUGGUGCACUGGACUCGAGCUGGAUGAAGCAGACAGCAACCCAUUCGCCAAUUCAGAUGGCUUCUACCCUCUCAUCCAUACAAUCCUCGACUUCCCCUUCCCAACAAUUGCCUUGAUAACCGGACACACGUUUGGCGGAGCCUGUCCAUUUGCGCUAGCCCACGACUACCGAGUCAUGAACUCCCGCCGCGGCUUCAUCUCCAUGCCACCCGUGAACCUGGGCCUGCACUUCGACGGUAUUGGCUCGCUGCCUCGGCUCAAAUUGCGGCCGGAGAUUGCGCGCAAAAUGCUGCUUGAGGCGCAUAGGUGGACUGGGCCUCAGGCACUGGAGGACGGAAUUGUGGACGCUGUUGCGGAGCCGGAGGAGAUGUUGAAGGUUGCGUUGGAACUUGGGGCGAAGUGGGCGCCUAAAGCAAAGAUGGGUGUUUACGCUUUGCUUCGUCAAGAGCUUUGGGGAGAUGCUGUUAAAAAGUUCCAGAAGAUUAGUUAUGUUCAUGCUCGGGUGGUAUCGGCGCCUGCUAAGGCUAAGAUUUGA